UAGAUCCGUGCACGUGCACAGUAUAUAAUAGGACGCACUAGGCUGAAACUGCAGAGGGUGCAGCAUCAUUUGACGGGGUAAGAUCAAGCUCUCUUCUUGUCACAGGUUCUAAACCACAAUCCACUUUACUGUAAAAAUGUCAGACCUUUGUGUUGGAAUCAACGGUUUUGGCCGCAUUGGCCGCCUGGUCCUAAGGGCCUGCCUGCAGAAGGGAAUCAAAGUCACGGCCAUCAACGACCCCUUCAUUGAUCUGAAGUACAUGGUCUACAUGUUCAAAUUUGACUCCACCCAUGGCUGUUUUGCUGGAGACGUGCGACAGGAGGAUGGCAAGCUGAUUGUUGACGGCCAAACUAUCUCAGUUUUCCAGUGUAUGAAGCCUGCUGAGAUCCCAUGGGGUGACGCUGGCGCUCUCUAUGUUGUUGAGUCCACUGGAGUCUUCCUAAGCAUUGAGAAGGCCUCUGCUCACCUGCAGGGUGGCGCCAAGCGCGUGGUUGUUUCUGCCCCCUCCCCCGAUGCCCCUAUGUUUGUGAUGGGUGUCAAUGAGGACAAGUAUGACCCCUCCAGCAUGAACAUUGUCAGCAAUGCAUCCUGCACAACUAAUUGCUUAGCUCCUUUGGCCAAGGUCAUCCAUGAUAACUUUGGCAUUGAGGAGGCACUCAUGACCACAGUCCAUGCCUACACUGCCACCCAGAAGACCGUGGAUGGCCCAUCAGCCAAGGCCUGGCGUGAUGGUCGUGGCGCUCACCAAAACAUCAUUCCCGCUUCCACUGGUGCUGCCAAGGCUGUGGGCAAAGUCAUCCCCGAGCUCAACGGGAAGCUGACAGGCAUGGCGUUCCGUGUCCCCGUGGCUGACGUGUCUGUGGUGGAUCUGACCUGCCGCCUGUCAUCACCCGCCAGCUACGCUGCCAUCAAGGACGCCGUCAAGAAGGCUUCACAGGGACCCAUGAAGGGAAUUCUGGGAUAUACAGAGGACAUGGUUGUGUCCUCUGACUUCAUUGGUGACACCCACUCCUCUGUCUUUGAUGCUGGUGCCGGCAUUUCCCUCAACGACAACUUUGUCAAACUCAUCUCUUGGUAUGACAACGAGUUUGGCUAUAGCCACCGUGUUACUGACCUCUUAAUGCACAUGCACUCCAAGGAGUAAAGAUGUGUGUUUCAUGAUACACUUAGACACCCAGAUGGGAUUACCAUUCCUUAUUUUACACGCACUUAAUGUCAUAGCCAUAGUGACACAGCCUAGCACUCCUCCCCCUCGUCUACGAGACGCGUUAGUCUCCGUAGUAAGUCUGUGUGCGAGUGUUUCGUUUUUCCUUUAUGAGAAAGUCCCCCUUGGAGACAGUUUUGAGUAUUUGUGUCUGUCACCCCACAAGCAUUGCUGUAGAUGUUACCAUAUUGGAUGUUAUAUUGGAGUUAUGAAUUGAUGGUUAAAUAUUAUGUGAGAAUACUGUAACACUGUUAAAGAGGACAUAAAUAAAUAUAAAAUAGAGUUUGAAAAAUA